AUGGGACCAUCACUCCUCGCUCUCUUCGACAUCCCCGAUGGAUGUUGCUUCUUCAAAUACAAUGCAUCGUUGGCGAUCCCAGACCGAAUCCCGAUGAGUUCUGCGACGAAUCAACACCAGCGACCCUUUGUGGGGUUGCCCUUCAUCGUCUUCUUCAUAAUUGUGUUGUUUGGCAUAUCACACGUCCUUAAUUCAACAACCGCCCCGACUCGUGUACUCGGCGGCGCAUCGUUAAACGCCACCAUUCCGUAUCAAACUCUCUACAGGUUCAUAAUCCUGUACUUGUAUGUGUGCAUGUGGUUUGCUAAAUUUUGUUCUUCUAUCGAUGAUUUCAAUUUGUCUAACGAAGAAAGCAAGCGAAGAUUAACUAACAGGUUGUUGUAUAUAAGCAAACAAAGGGGUUUUUUGGAGCUAGACUUAGUUCUAGGAAGUUGGGUGGAGAAUCACAUUGGAUCUUUAGAUGUAAAGGGGAUCAAAUCACUUAUUAUUGUCCUCGACCUGGAAAAUCCAGAUUUGUGGAAAUGGCUCACUGGACAGGAGCAACCUCUUAAAGCAAUCGAGACGAAUCCUGCUGUGAUAAAGCAAUUUUGUGUCUGGGUUAGUGUGUGA